CCGGCACCGGCACCGUCCCCGGCAUCAGCCCCGAGCCCGGCGCAUGGCGGCCCCGGCAGCGGCCGGCACCGGAGGCAGCCGGUGAGCCCCGGUGACACUGCCGGUGACACUGCCGGUGGCACGGCCGGUGGCACGGCGGGACCAUGCAGGCGGAGGCCAGAGGGGAGUUCUGCAGCCGGGAGCAGCGCCCCGAGCUCGGCAAGGAGCCGCUGGUCCCGGAGCGCCCCGCAGGGACCCCCACGCACGGCCCGGCCCAGGAGCCCCCCCGAGUGCCCGCGGAGGAGCAGGGGGGCAUCCCCAUCCCCAGCGCCGGCCUGCUGCAGGUCACCGAGCGCCGACAGCCGCUGAGCAGCGUGUCCUCGCUGGAGGUGCACUUCGACCUGCUGGACCUGACCGAGCUGACCGACAUGUCGGACCAGGAGCUGGCCGAGGUCUUCGCCGACUCCGACGAGGAGAACGCGGCCGCAGAGACGCCCGGCGGGCUGCAGCCGCCGCCGCGGGCCGGGUACCUGCGCUCGCCCUCCUGGAGCCGCGCGCGGGAGCAGGGCCGGGACAAGAAGCACCUGAGUGACCCCGAGCUGCCGCCGGGACCGCCGGGACCCCCGGACGCCUUCCUGCCCGCCGAGCGCCCGCGGGAGCCGUAGGGACAGACCCGCCGGGGACACCGGGACGCGCCGCUGCCGGUCCCGUCGGCACCGAUGGAGCCCGGCCCCGGGCGCAGGACUCCCGUUAGCCCGCCCGGAGGGCACGGGCGGCCCCGGCCCCGCGGCGGGGACGUACCGGGCUGCCCUCGGCCGGUGGC